CUCUUAUCAUCACGUAUCAGCCCAUUUCCCCCAAGUUCUCGGCAACAAAUCAUAACGGCAAAUAUUAUGAAAUCUCUCAGGCGGUCUUUGAACAACGAAAAGAACAGCAGUUCCCCUCAACCUUCGCCCCCACUACCGAUCACCUACUCCGGGAAUCCUCAUGCCCUCGGCAGACCAGCUGAAAAAGUAGCACCUCCGCAAAAAGUGAUUAAAGCGCUCACCUCCCAUCAAAGCACGAAUCCACAAGAGCUGAGUUACAACAAGGGCGAUUUCUGGUAUGUGACAGGAGAAAGGGAUGUCUGGUUCGAGGCGUUGAAUCCACUCACUGGAUCAAGGGGGCUGGUGCCCAAGCUUGAUUUUGAGGAGUUUGUAAAGGGCGGUAGGCAUCCUGCAGGUCAGAGGUCGGUGGAUCAUGGAAGUAUCAGACCAAACACCCCGUCCCAUAGUUCUGGCUCUCAAAAAGAUGUACCCAAAGCGGGUCCAAUCUUGUCGCCGCCUGCCUCUGCUGACGAAACCCGAACACAGAAAAGCCCAGUGUACGCCAUUGUGCAGUAUGACUUUCGAGCUGAAAGACCAGACGAGCUGGAAGCCAAGAAAGGAGAACCCAUUGUCAUCAUGGCGCAGAGCAAUCAUGAAUGGUUCGUUGCCAAACCUAUCGGGCGUCUUGGUGGCCCAGGUUUGAUCCCCGUCGCCUUUGUAGAAGUCAGAGAUCCUAAAACUGGGCAGCUUAUUGAGAUUGAGCCAAACUCGAUCCCCAUGGUCGAAGAGUGGAAGAAGAAAACUGCGGAGUAUAAGGCUGCAGCCAUACCUCUCGGAAAACUUGAUAUAGCUCCUGGGCAGGGUGUCACCAACUCACCUUACGCCCCGGCACAAACUACCCGGAUUUCCGACUCUUAUAGUUCGAUGUCUCGCACAGGGUCUAUGUCAACUACUUUGAUUAACCCUCCCAGUGGGGCAUCGUCUUCUUCCACCACUCCUGCGCCCACUGAAAGAUCCUCAAAGCAAACCCCCUAUGUUCCUGUGAAGAACGAAAUACUACCUCUCGGCGACUUGAAGUCAAUGUCCGUUCCCUCGUUUCACCAAGAGAAUGGCGUAUAUUGGUUCCGCCUUCAGGUCACAUUUGUCCCCGAUGAUCUUACCGCUUCUGCUUAUACAUUCGGUCUUUAUCGAUCAUACGAAGACUUUUACGACUUUCAGAUUGCUCUUCUCGAUACAUUCCCUCUCGAAGCUGGUCGAUCUGGUUCCGCCGAUGGUCGCUCUACGCCGGAGCGUAUUUUGCCGUAUAUGCCCGGUCCAGUGGAUUACGAGAUUGAUGACGAAUUGACUGAAUACCGAAGGGAAGAGUUAGAUGUGUAUGUCAAAGAGCUGCUUGAUCUGAAGUCCAAGGGUGCCGGCUUUAUCCUUCGACAUGAAUUAUUUAGGGCAUUCUUUGCUACUCGACAUGGUGAUCACUUUGAGAAAGUGUCGAGACAAGAUGCCCUGGGAGAGCUAGAAGAGCAGUUGGCAGAUGUCAGACUGGAGGACUAUGGUGCUUUAACAAACGAUAUGAGAUCCCAGUCAGUCACAUCACCACACUCCCAGUCCCCCAACCAAUACCGCCAUUCUCCACAAGCUUAUCAACAGCACGCCGUAUCGAAGAGCAUGUCAUCACGUGGCGCAUCACCUCUUCCCCCCAUUAAUACAAACCCUCAUCAUUCGUCGAGACCUGACUCGUCGGCCUAUCCCACAUCCGGCAGGCAGUCCGCCACGGCGCAUUAUGUUUCCGGCGGGCCUUCCACAGCCAACACGACGUCGUCAUGGGGUAUGGGUGCUGGAGGUCCUUCAACUUCUACGAGCGCCACUACACCCGGUACUGCACCUCAAUCUGGUCCGCCGCCAUACAUCAAGAUAAAAAUUUAUGAUAGGGCUACUGAUGACCUUAUCGCCAUACGAGUACAUUCAGCUGUGACGUUUGCCGAGUUGUCUGACAAAGUGCGAGCGAGGCUAGGACCGGGGGUUACAAUGUUGAGAUAUAGAGUAUCGAUGGAUAGCGGAGAAGGUUAUAGGGAGCUGAUGGAUGAUAAGGAUCUGAAAAAUUGGUUGAGGACUGAGGGCCAAAAGUUGGUCCUGUAUGCCGAGCAAUGAGGUGUUGUGGAUUAUCCUUAUGAGGUGGAAGUGAAGGAAUAGAAAUGAUGCUGUAGGCUAUAUCUGUACCAGUCAUGUUUGAGAUUAGGGUUACAUAUUACUUUGGAACAUUAAUGC